AUGCACUGAUAUAAGAAAUGAUAAUGAACGAAUCGCUGAAAUAUUUGAAGAAAAAACUACCGAUACUAGAAUGGAGCCUGGACUACAACGUGGACAAAGGUCUGGCCGACUUGGUGGCCGGAGUAACAGCUGGACUAACUCUGAUACCGCAGUCACUGGCGUACGCCUCACUGGCUGGACUGGAACCGCAAUACGGUCUGUAUUCAUCACUAUGUGGAGGAAUAACCUAUACAGUAUUUGGAACCGUUCCUGAACUAAACAUAGCUCCCACAGCUCUACUAUCUCUAUUAACCUAUUCCUACACCCACGAUCUAUCAUAUGACAGUCACACUGGAGCCACGUUGCUGACAUUUCUGGCAGGGUUGUUGGAGUUACUGUGUGGGCUACUACACCUAGGAUUUUUAGUUGACUUUGUAUCCACGCCUGUGGUAGCUGGGUUCACGUCGGCAGGAGCCAUAACCAUAGCAACAGCACAAGUGAAAAACUUGCUGGGUUUGAAAUUUACCGCUGAAAGUUUCAUCGACGUUUGGAAACAAGUUGCCAUGCAUAUAUCGGAAGUGAAACUAUACGAUGCCCUAUUGGGCUCGUCUUGCUGCGUUUUCCUGCUUCUGAUGAGGAAACUCAAAGAUUGCGGUGAACCUCCUCUGGAAGACCACCAUGAACAAUCGAAAGAAUCGGUGAAUGGUUGCAAAAAGUUCAUAUGGUUCUGUUCGGUCUCCAGAAACGCUCUUGUUGUUAUAUCUUCGGCUAUCAUGGUAUAUGCUUUGAACUUGCACGAUAUAAAGCCGUUUUCUGUAACUGCUCACGUACCACCUGGUUGGCCCAACAUAUCAUCGCCCCCUUUUGAGGCUUUCUCUGUUCACCAGAACCGAACUCUACAUGUUUUUGACAUGAUGAAGGAGUUGGGUUCGGGUAUAUUCGUGGUGCCUUUCAUUGCCAUUUUGGGGAACGUGGCCAUAGCCAAAGCAUUCUCCCAAGGGAAAAUAGUUGACGCUUCCCAGGAAAUGAUAGCGGUCGGGCUGUGCAACAUAUUCGGCUCAUUCUUCGGCUCAUACCCCGUGAAUGCCUCAUUUUCAAGAGCAGCCGUCAGCAAUGCCAGCGGUGUGAAGACACCUUUAGCUGGGGUGUACACAGGUGCCAUGGUUAUUUUGGCUUUCACGUUUUUAACACCAUACUUUACUUAUAUACCAAAAACCACCCUGUCUGCUGUGAUCAUAUGCGCCGUACUGUUCAUGGUGGAGGUGGCCAUAACCAAAAUGAUUUGGAAAAUAAACAAAAUCGACCUAAUACCAUUUCUCCUCACUCUAAUUUCAUGCUUGCUGUUGGGAAUUGAAACUGGCAUUCUGAUUGGAGUAACUGUUGACAUUGUAAUGUUACUGUACUCUAUAGCCAGGCCAAAAGUGCUUUUCGAAAAAAUUCAGAUAUCUCAAGACAAGGUAUACUUAAAAGUGACCCCGACCAGUUCAAUAUUUUUCCCUUCAGCCCAAUACUUGAGGGAAAAUAUAUUAAAGACAAACAUCGAAGAAGGAACAAAUACCAACAUAAUUGUGCUGGAUUGUCACAGAAUAACAAGGCUUGAUUUUACAGGAGGAAAGUGUCUGGGUGAUUUGGUGAAAGACCUAAAGAAAAAAGGGAAAUUCGUAAUAUUUUUACUCCCCUUAAAAAACAUGGAGAACACGAUAAGGGUAACAUGUGACCCCACAAUUCCCAUAGUCCAUUCCGAUAGCGAAGUGAAAAGUCUACUCGAAGGUAAAAUAGAAGCAAAUAAAUUCCUACACGGGUUUUUCAAAAGCAACCUGGAAGAAGUAACCACCAAUCUAUGAUAGAAGAAGUAACCAAGGGGUGUAAAUAAAUGUUAAGUUAAUUAAUAAAAAAGAUACAAAAUAAAUUAGUGAUGCGCUUUUUUGAAGUUUUUUUAAUUCAUUGUGCCCAGUGAAACUCAAAUAAUAGACUGAUUAAUUGUAAAAAUACCAGCUUUAAUAUGGGCUUCAAAGAAACAAGCUGCCACUACAUAAAACAAAGAAUUCCUAUGACAGAAUGGGGUCCAAAAUAUAAUUCAAAAAAAUUUAUCAGUGAUGCGAUUGCUGGCAUUACUGUUGGUUUGACAGUUAUGCCGCAGGCGUUAGCGUAUGCCACAUUGGGAGGACUCGAACCCCAAUAUGGUUUGUAUUCAGCUUUCGUCGGAUGUUUCGUCUACACAAUAUUUGGGAGCUGCAAAGACAUAACGAUAGGUCCGACAGCUCUGAUGGCCUUGAUGACGUAUCAGCAAGUGAUAGGCAAAAACACCGACUACGCCAUACUGCUCUGUUUCUUGUCGGGGAUUGUGCAGGUCCUCAUGGCCGUUUUAAACCUAGGCGUUUUGGUGGACUUUAUAUCGAUACCAGUGACCGUGGGGUUCACAUCGGCCACUUCUGUGAUCAUUGGAGCUUCGCAGUUGAAAAGUUUGCUGGGAAUUAAGGUGUCGUCGUCUGGAUUUUUGGAUACCAUCAGCAAAGUGUUUCAGAAUUUGGAUAAAACGAGGCUAUCGGAUGCCUUACUUGGUUUUGGGUGCAUAGUGAUAUUAAUGCUGUUAAGGAAACUGAAAGACCUGAAACUGCACAAAGAAGACGCCAAGCCGACGAGCAACCAGAAAAUCCUCCAGUACCUGAUGUGGUUGGUGUCGACGUCGAGGAACGCUUUCGUGGUCAUCAUUUGUUCCACCGUGGCGUAUCUGUACGAAACCAACGGCACUGGUUCGCCGUUUCUUCUCACCGGAACGGUCAAACCUGGUCUUCCGGAUGUCAAAUUGCCGCCGUUCCAUACCGUCGUCAACAACAGAACCGUCGAGUUCGGCGAAAUGCUGAGCGACUUGGGAAGCAGCGUUAUUUUGGUGCCGAUCAUUGCAGUUUUGGGAAACGUGGCCAUCGCCAAAGCUUUCGCUUCCGGUACCAUAAUCGAUGCAACUCAAGAACUGUUCACACUAUCCAUGUGUAACGUGAUCGGUUCCUUCUUCUCGUCCAUGCCGAUAACUGGUUCCUUCUCAAGGUCAGCUGUCAACCACGCCAGUGGAGUUCAGACACCAUUCGGAGGUGUAAUCACGGGAUUGAUGGUUCUUUUGGCGCUAACCUUUUUGACGCCGUAUUUCGCUUUCAUUCCGAAAGCCUCUCUGGCAGCCGUGAUAAUCAGUGCGGUAGUUUUCAUGAUCGAAUACGAAGUGGUCAAACCGAUGUGGAGGUCGAGCAAAAAAGAUUUGAUUUCAACAUUCGCGACGUUCGUAUUUUGCCUCAUCAUCGGAGUCGAGUAUGGAAUACUAGUUGGCGUUGGAAUCAACAUAAUAUUCCUGCUGUACCCGUCAGCCAGGCCUACUGUCUAUGUGGAAAAAAUAAAGACUGCCGGCGACAUUGAAUACAUGAUGAUCACCCCCGGCAACAGCCUGUACUUCCCCGCCGUGGAUUUCAUCAAAACCAGCGUCGGUAAAGCAGGUGUCGACUCGAAACAUUCGCCGAUUGUGGUGGAUUGCCGGUUUAUCUUGGGUGCUGAUUUUACGGCUGCCAAAGGGAUAUCAGCGCUGAUCAGGGAUUUUUCGUUGAGAAAGCAACCGCUGUACUUUUUAAACACCCGACAGGAAGUCUUGGCUGUGUUCCAAGGUGUAUUGACUGAAGACUUUAAGCUUAAGCAUUUUGGAAGCAAGGAGGAGUUGGAGACUUUCAUAGAAGAGCACCAUAACACCCACGAGUUGGAUAGACUACUAGGAGAAACUCUGGAUAGACAGUUGGACGAGUUAAAUGAGGUCUACACGAAUGGAGAUAACAAACUCAAUCACAGGAAGGGGAAAUUUUAGACUUUUUACCAAUUUUGUAGCACUAAGUUAUUUAUUAAACAUUUUAUCUAUUAAUAUGCUUAUUAUUAUCACAGACUAUACACAUAAAAGAAAACAGGUUUACAACUUUUGGACCCAAGACGUGUUACAUGUUAAAGAUGAGAUAGGGUUUUUGCUGGAUAUUUCAAGAUACAUUUGAGUUAAAAAAAAAUGUUUUGUUUUAUAAAAAGAGGGUUAAAGUUGGCAAAAAUGUUGUUCUAAAUACUUUUUUGUAGAUAUCUUGGUUAUCAAGAUAUUACAUGUUAAGGAAGAGAUAGGAAUUUUAGGUGGCUAAUGCGAUAUUUGCUAAAUAUCUCGAGAUGUAUUAGAGAUACAACAGUUUUGUUUUGAUUGUUGAAAAGAGGGUUAAAUUUGGCAAAAAUUUUGUUAUGGUUACUUUUUUGUAGAUAUUAUGGUUAACAAGAUAUAACGCGUAAAAGUUAAGAGAGCGAUAUAAGGUUACUAGUGCGGUUUUUGCAGGAUAUCUCGAGAUAUAUUUGAGAUACAAACAUUUUCUUUAGAUUUAUAGAAAGAGGGUUAAAUUUGGUACAAC